AAAUCCUGACUGGACAAAAGGCCCCUGUUGAUGAAAAACCAACAAUAGAAGAACAAUUAAAUAUGAUCAUUGAUGAUACAAAUAUUGAAGAAAAAUAUAAAGAAAGCUUGGAUAAGCAAGAACAACGACAUAUAAUCUCGAAAUCGAAGUUCUUCAAGGUGAAAGGAAACGUACUAUAUAGAAAAGACCGACGAGAGAAAGACAACUGGUUAAAAGUAGUUCAAGCUUUCGAAGUCAAACCAAUAUUGUUUUUAGCACACAAUCACCCGAUUGGAGGACACAUGAGUCAAACUGCAAUGUUCAAAAAAAUUAAAAGAUAUUAUUUUUGGCCUCAAAUAUUCGAAGCAAUUAAAGAAUAUGUAUGUAUAUACAAUUCAUGCCAACGUCAAGGGAAAAACAAGCUCCAAGAACUGCUCUACACUAUCCAAGUAGACUUACCAUUCUACCGAAUUGGUAUCAACAUCGUAGGGCCUUUGCCCAUAAUGCCCCAGAAUAAAAGAUAUAUAGUUGUGGCCACUGACUAUAUGUCGAAGUGGCCUGAAGCAAGAGCUCUAGAAAAAGAUAAUGCAAUUGAAGUUGCGGAAUUCAUAUAUGAAGAAAUAAUUUGCAGGCAUGGCUGCCCACAAUACAUAGUAUCAGACCAAGAUACACAUUUCAGAAACGAAUUAAUUACAGCAUUGUUAAAGAAAUUUCAAAUAGUACACAAACUGUCGACUCUCUACUAUUCACAAAGUAACGGCCUUGUUGAAUGCUACAAUAAAACACUAUGCGAAUAA